GAUCUUGGCUGAGAACGCAUCAAAAACACCUUGUGUAAUGCAAAAUGUGAAUAUAUAAUCUGUCCCUAUAUAUUCUGCACGCACUGAGGUAGCCUCAACCCCCCAGGGACCUAGUGCAGACGUGGAACCUGUUUCACACAACUGCGACCUGAAGGGAAAAAAGAAGCAAAUGAUACCAAGAAAAGCUCAUAACAGAGAUCUUUCAACAGAAGUGUUCGGAUGAAAAUACAGUGAGAUGAGUCAGAAAGUAGCUAAGGAGGGCCCCAGACUCUCCAAGAACCAGAAGUUCUCCGAGCACUUCAGCAUACAUUGCUGCCCGCCAUUCACCUUCCUCAACUCCAAACGCGAGAUUGUGGAUCGCAAAUACAGCAUUUGUAAAAGUGGCUGCUUCUACCAGAAGAAAGAGGAGGACUGGAUCUGCUGUGCCUGCCAGAAGACCAGAACCAGCCGCCGUGCAACGUCCCCUCAGAGGCCCAAGCGCCAGCCAGCUGCACCCCCCGCGGUGGUCAGAGCACCAGCCAAGCCACGGUCCCCUCCAAGGUCUGAACGUCAGCCACGCCCCCGCCCAGAAGCCCGACCUCCACCAGCCAAGCAGCGCCCCGCUCAGAAGCCCAAGCAGCCGCCGCGCAGCAGCCCAAACAGAGGGCCAGGCACCAGUCGUGGGGGGUCCCCCAUCAAAGCUACUAGGUUCUGAUUGAAAAGGAAGAGCAAGCCCACCCCUCGGAAGAAGUGAUGGAGGAGUUUCAGGUGAAUGGACGGCCUCAGCUCUCAGUCUCUCUGCUUCUGGACCCACAUGCCCUUGGACAGGUUAUCUGGCUUUGAAUAUGAUGCAGGGGCAGACACCUGCUGAUGCAGCAACUGCCAAUGCCCACAGUCUCCAUGUCAUGGGGGCUGCUGGGCAGCCAGCCUGGAGACGCAAUUGCUGAAGAGCCCCUCCAAGUCCAUGCCCCUCGAGGACCCUGGCCACUGAAGCUGAUCAUGAAAGAAGACUGAAUUCCAACAUGUUCCCUUCAGGGGCUGACCUUGACUUAGGGUUCCAUUGUGUGCCCAGCAGUGGCGGUGCAGGAGCCCCUCCUGGGCUAUUUUCUGUACUCAGCUCAGAGCUGAGGGAGAGGGUGGAGGGGAUCCAUCUUUCUUCAGGCUCCACUAUGGUCCAUUCCAGAAGUCAUUCAAACUUGUUUUAAGCUGGCUGAUUUGCUUAUUGGCUUCAAAAGUUGGAAUUGAAGGGUGAAGGAUGCAGGCAACAGAUCCUUCCCCCACUCCUCCUCCACCCCUCCGAUCCUUCUACUCAGGAGGCCCGGGGGGUGGGGGGAAGUGGAGCCAAACCCUAACCCAAAAGGUAUUGAGGCUCACUGUUCUUCCAGACUUAGUCUACUUUACUUGUGACUCAGAAGCCCUUUCCCUACCCAGCAAGACCACACUCUCUUGCUUCCUUCUCUUUUCUCUUUUUGUACCUGUAAACAAUAUAUUGUCGUAUCUAUUCAAUGCUUGUGCCCACCUCAGGGCUCUGUUCUUGCUGUUCAUUCUGCCUUGAUGUUCUGGCCCAAGAUCUUUGCUCUAAUGCCUUAAGCUCCAUUAUCAUCUCAGAGAGGCUUUCCUUGGAAAUUCAGUGUGGUUUCCAUAGCUACUCUCUAUCCCAUCACUCUAGCACUUAUCACCCUCUGGAAUUACCUUGUUCAUUUAUUUACUUAUUUAUUGCUUGGGUCCCCUCCUCUUCCUCAUGUAAACUUCAUGACUGCCAACACCUGUUUACUGCUACACUUUAAGUUCCCAGCACUAGUUAAGAGCUCAAUAAAUGCUUGUUGACCGCAUGGAUGUUUGCUUGUUAUUUUAAAAAUGAGGAUAAUUUUCCAAAAGUUUAGAUACUUUUGAGAAGUCAAAGGUAUCUAUUUAGCAACAAGGAACUUUGUAGGGUGACUUUGCAGGGCAUCCUCUGUGGGAAUAAAUGGGAGGUGAGGAUAGGAAUUCAUGAAGGUAGUUGCAACUCCCUCAACUAAGCUGGAUCAUGAAGGGAAGCAGAGGAUGGGGCAAUAGCUGGAGUUUUCCAUGAACUCAGCUGACACUUGGGCAUGUCAGAUGUUGCUGGGAAGGAGGCAGCAGAAGGUGUAAGAAGAAGGAGGAGGAGUUAACUGAUGGAAUCAGGAACUGAGGGCGAUUUUGGGAGGAAUCCAGGGCAAAGGUGAGGAGAUCAGGCACAGAGCAGGGAUCCCUUCUCACUGGAACAAAGGAAGGAGGGAAGGAGAGCAUAGAUUCUGGUGGGUUUGCAGGGUCAGUGGCAGGAGCUUGAAGCAAUUCCUAUUUGUGGCUUUGAUUUUCUUUUGAAGAGGGAGGUAAAGUGGCCAUUCAUAAAUGGGGGGUGGAGGGGGUGAUGCUUGGGGUUGGAGAUAUGAGGACAGUGGAGAAGAUUAUAAAGAAAUCAGUUUAUCUAAGGUCUUUGAAAUCUUCCUAGAUAAACCUUUCUUCCAGAUGAAAGUCAUUAAUUAAUUAAUUUACAGUGCAAGGUCUAUUUUCCCCCUAAAACGUUACCUACAAUUUCACAUUUAGAUGUAAAUCUAAGAUCUAAAGCUGAGACCCAUGCGAUCUCAAGAGGGAAGGUAUGAGUUGGAGGGAAAAAGGCAGAGUCUAAUCUCCUCAAGGAAUACAGAAUCACAAGGAAGCUUUCACUAUGGGAAGCUGCAAAAAUGCUGACAGAUCACAGUGAGAUGGGACUGUGCUGUGAGACAGUAAUUUGCUUAGUGUCCACCUGGGCUGCUGUUCUAACACCAGAGAAAUGUGAAAACUCAGGACUGGAGGGCUGCUUGCCUGACCCCAUAGCACAUGUCUCAGCUCUAUUAACAGCAUCACUAAAAGGCACUUACUAUUUCUGCUUAAAUAGAAUGAAGUAUUAUUAUUGACAAACAUGAUGUUGUUGAUCCAAGAGUGGGGUGUACAUUUGUAACUUGGAGAGAUUUUGCAUACUUACUCUUCUUAUUGGUAACACAGGUACACACUUGCAAGAAGGCUGUUAAGGAUAGUGAUAGAACUUUCUUUUUAUUGAAGAUCAACUAUUUAUGUUUAUAAAUGGGAAAAGUUGGUUAUGAUCUCCAUGACCACUGAAACCAUAAUUUUGACCUUAUGGCUAUUAUGUUAUGACCUAGAAGUUGCCAAAUGAGCUUGGUGUAGCCCUGGUGUAGAGAGGUCCCCUUAAAUGAUGAGAGGGAGGUGGAGCCAACAGGGACCAGGCCAUCUCCAUGUCAGUUACUGCAGCCUUUAGGGUUUAUGGUGACUUCUAAUUUUUAGAUAAAGGGUCCCAUUGUGCUGAACAAGUUGGCAAUACCUACUUUCAUGCCUGAGAGCAAAUAUUGAUAGAAUACAUAUGUUAGUAAUUUUCUAAAUGGUUUCUUGAAUUGAAGAAUAUAUUUAGAGUGUUUCUUUAACUGAAGAGUGCAGCAACAGAAUGACAAUGGAAGAGUGCCUCACAUCAUAGGUCUGGGUUAGUCGACGGGUAUUUCAGUGACUACUAAAUCUGCCUAAGUAACAGUUCACCUACCACCAAGUUGAGUGUUUUGACUUUUGAACAAGGUCUAUCCAAACUAUGGAUGAGCAGAAGAACAUAGAUGAGCAAAUAGUCCUCAUGAUUAUUCAUACACUUUUCCUUUUAAGCAAACAGAUGUAAAAACAUUAUAUUCAACGUGGAUUGUGUUCAAACACAUCUCUGUUGCACAUGCUACAUUAAUUAUAUAAACCGUGUUAAUAGUACAUAAAAUUGAGGAGAGUGGAGAAAAUGAAAGACAACAGCUCAAGUUAUUUAUAUAUAUAAUAUAGCUAUUAUAUUAUACAUUAUAUAUGUUUAUAUAUUAUAUAUUGUGUAUGUAUAUAUAUAUUAGCAAAUCAAAUAUCUAUCAGAUUUGGGUCAUUUGGUUCAAAAACAUCUCUUAACAAUGAAACUAAGUUCUAAAAUAGAACUUAAUCUAAUUACUAAAGUAACAGUCACAUUGGAUUUUGGAGCAGUUGAACCAUCCUAAAGGUCAUAGCUUGAGGUUGGAAGCUUUGGGGAGCCAGUAGUGAUAUCUGGAGAAGCUCCUCUCUGGAACCCAAAGGCUAUAUGUAUUUUUUAGAGACAGAAAGAUGGACAAUCUCAUGCAAUUAGGGUCAAGAAAGAAGAUGGAUUCUUGGGAAUGUCUGGGUCCAUGUUUGAGAAGGUGGCUGAUGGCAGUUGAAGAAUUUUAUGUGUUGAGUUAAUGACAGAUGUUCCUGAUAAAAACAGGAAGUUACUGACUUUAGCAUUAGCCAAAGCAGCCCUCCCUGAAGAAAGUAAGAGCUCCUGGGGCCAUUACUUUGUUAAUGAAGCCACAUCAGGGCCAAUAUAAGAGGCAGAUGUUUUAUCACAUACUGAAAAUAUUCCCUUGGCCCAGGUGGUGGUCCUUGUGCAGUCCCAUGCUGAGCUCUAGGCAAAUCUAUUUGAUUAAUGAUGAAGUGGAGAUAUCCCUAUGGUGUCUACCAUCAAUGAAGGUGGGGCAGUCUGUCAUUCAGAGGGUGUGGGAUUCAAUAGACAUUUUGGCAAUUUUUUAUAGUUAAGUCAUGUUUGCAUGCAGAACAGAGGUAGUUUUUCCUGACCUGUCAUAGGUCCCUCCACCUAGGUGGCAGCCCAGGCACAAGGAAUUCACUUUUAGGCAUGCCUCUUCCAUAGCAAGGAAGAGGGGAUGGGCACAGUGAAGCAGAGUGCCCUCGUCUUCAUGAGGAAUGUGCCAAGGCAGCCAGCUUGGCUCCCAGGGCCUCUCAGUGAUGGGAGUUAACUUAGUGAUCUUGCUGGAUUUGGCUUAUUUCUGAGCUCUCUGAAGUACACUCAUCUUUGGCUUUGCCAUCUGCAAUUUCUGUCUCCGGAAGGGAACAUCUCUCUUCUCUCCAGGAAGAAAUCUUGAUGCAUCAAAAAGAAAAAGCUUGGUGUCUUGGGCAUUUUUUUUCCCUGCAUAUGGUGAGCCAACAGAUUUUACAUAAUCUAUUUUCCCUAUAAUUCAUCCUCCAUUUCUUGAAUUCUCUGUGAACAUUCCCUUCUGCAGCUGACAGCUUCUGUUCUUUCUCUUCUGGUUUAUAAACUUUCUGAGUCAGACCCUUUAACAGAAUCUUAGUUUUUUGCUGAUGGAGAUCAUUAAGGAUCUUUACUGCCAGCUGCAAGAUUUUGCAUUUAUUUUCAACUAGAGAUUUUGCUGCAAGCAGUGAAAAAAAAGGGGGAAUCAUUUUCCAACUUUUUUCUUCCAGCUGAUGCCUUGCUGACACCUCAUUAUUUGGCUUGGAAUGUAAAUAGUUUCUGUUUUCUUCAACUCUUGUUAAUGUGGAUUUUGGUACCCAACUUUUCUGAUUUUUCAUCUUCUUACUGUGGUAAUCUUCCAACCUAAUCUUUACUUUUAAAAUGAUCCUGCUCAUUUCCUUCCCUGUGAUUUUUCUCCUCUGAUGCAAAGAUCAUGAUUAAGUUGUUUCAGCUGCAGAGCAUAUUCAUGGAGAACUUCAACUCCAUUAUUUUUCUAUGUCACAGUUCUUCCUGAGACUUGAUAUCUUAUCUGGUUUGCUCACUGAUCCCAGUGGGCAGGGCUGGGAGGGCAGAAGGGGACCAUAGCCUUCUCUAUACUCUGCCCCCCCUCCAACUCUCACCUCUUACUCUUCUCCUAGCUCCUGUCUUCCUCCUAUCUCUUUCCCUCACUCGUCUGUUUUCCUACAGCUUAAAUUCACAGAAGAUCUUGGUAUUUAGAUCUCUAGCAGAGCUGCUAACAACUUUAUGCACUUUUAUUGCUCUGGGUUUCACACUGUCUUCACUAUCUUCUCCAGAUCUUGUUCCCAGCUGCCAACUCAGAUUAUGCCCAAACCAGAAUCACUUUGAUUCAUGCAGGUCUCCACUGUCAUGUGACCAAGAAUGACCCUAAGAGGGGUGCUGACCAACAUCCAGGUGCAUUCUGGCUCCAGGUCUCUCCAAUCCCAAUUUUCUUCACUUCCCCAAAUGGCCUGGUGCAGAUCUGCUGUGCAGAUCUGCUCUCUGGACUGUGCAUGGCUAUAUCAUUGUAGAAUCUACUUCAUUAACUUGCUUUCACCUACAGUUUUAAUUUGCUGCUACUUGCAUUACCUUAAGUCUCCAAAAGUGCUCAAAUACUAGUUCUCAGGUGAUACCUUCCCUUUUCUUCUAGUGUAUGUGAGCUCUUGAGAUCCUAAUAGGAGAAUCUGUGGAGUCCAAAGGAAGAGACUUAGGAGCAUUUAGCACCAGACAUGUGUUUGUGUGGGUGGGUGGGGGGUUCUUCCCUUUAUGUGGCGUCUUUCCUUCUGCUGCAUCAUGUGCUCUGGGAGAGGUUAUUCCUUCUUCCAUCCCCUGAUUCCCUGUCUUCCUCGUGAGCAAAAUCAUAUGCAGAUGAGAGGUACAGGGCUCCUGGCAGGGGUAAACCCUGCGGUACUCCUUGCCCAAACAGAAUAAGGUUUGGUUGGCAUGACAUUCCAAUUUUUUCUCUCUUUCAACUUGUGAAACUCAAGUUGCUGUGAACAUGAAAAUGCUUUAGUGUACAUAUAUCACCCAACAGGACUUCAUAAAUCCACUUCUUAAGGCAGCUCUGUUUUCUGAACACUUCUAACCCCUCCCAGGAUAUAACUGAAUUAAAACAAUGUUAUAUAGUGGCUUUCUCAUACAAGGAAUGCAUUAUGCCAAUGAACUUGUUUAACCCAGGGUAAAAAUCAGGCAUGUAUAUGUGUGUGUGUGUGUGUGUGUGUGUGUGCGCGCGCGCGUGCGUGCGCACGCACAGGUGUGUUUUCUUUCUUAAUAGAUAAAUCAUUUGGUCUCAAAAUCUGAGCCCCCAUUUAAAAUUUUUAGGAGAUUACCUUUGCUCUCCACCGAUUUUUUUUUUAGGAGCAUUCCUUCCCCAUGGAACCCUGGUGCACUAAACACUUUUAUAGUGAUAUCUAAAAGAUCAAAACAAAAGAGUCUGUCCUCAAGUUCAUGGACAAGUCUGCUCAUCACUAGAGUCACUGGCUAAGAAAGUCAAUAUUUUCUGAAUUAAUAAAUAAUCAAGUUAUAUUAAAGAAAAA